GGCGGAAGCCGGAAGCCGACGUGUGAGCUGCGCGCGGCCACGAUGUUGGCCGAAGGGGCUCUAGAGCCGGGGACCCCGGCGGCUCCCGCCGCCCCAUCGCCCGCCCGGGUCCGGGCUCCUGCCUCAGGAAACUUAUUCCGGCCCAUCAGCGCCGAGGACGAGGAGCAGCAACCCACCGAGAUCGAGUCGCUGUGCAUGAAUUGUUACCGCAACGGCGUGACGCGCCUCCUGCUCACCAAGAUCCCUUUCUUCAGAGAAAUAAUCGUAAGCUCGUUUUCCUGCGAGCACUGUGGCUGGAAUAACACGGAGAUCCAGUCGGCAGGCAGGAUCCAGGACCAGGGAGUUCGCUAUACUUUGACCGUCAGGGCCCAGGAGGACAUGAACAGAGAAGUGGUGAAGACUGAGUCUGCCACCACAAGGAUCCCUGAGCUGGAUUUUGAAAUUCCCGCUUUCAGCCAGAAGGGAGCUCUGACCACUGUUGAAGGAUUGAUCAACCGUGCUAUCUCUGGCCUGGAGCAGGACCAGCCUAUGCGAAGGGCAAGUGAAGAAACCAUAGCUGAAAGAAUUGAUGAGUUCAUUGUCAAACUACAGGAGCUAAAGCAAGUGGCUUCCCCUUUCACUCUGAUCAUUGAUGAUCCCUCAGGGAACAGCUUUGUGGAAAACCCAUUUGCUCCCCAGAAAGAUGAAGCCCUGGUGAUCACACACUAUAACCGGACUUCCAAGCAGGAGGAGAUGCUGGGACUUCAGGCAGAGGCACCAGAAGAGAAGCCAGAAGAAGAUGAUCUCAGAAAUGAAGUUCUACAGUUCAACACAAACUGCCCGGAAUGCAAUGCUCCAGCUCAGACCAACAUGAAGCUAGUACAAAUCCCCCACUUUAAGGAGGUUAUCAUCAUGGCUACCAACUGCGAGAACUGCGGGGAUCGGACCAAUGAGGUGAAGUCUGGAGGAGCAGUAGAGCCCUUGGGCACCAGGAUCACCCUUCACAUCACAGACCCCUCAGAUAUGACCAGAGACCUCCUCAAGUCUGAGACGUGUAGUGUGGAAAUCCCAGAGCUGGAAUUUGAACUGGGAAUGGCUGUCCUUGGGGGCAAGUUCACCACACUGGAGGGGCUGCUGAAGGACAUCCGGGAGCUGGUGACCAAGAACCCUUUCACGCUGGGUGACAGUUCCAGUCCUGGCCAGGCAGAGAAGCUGCAGGAGUUUAGCCAGAAGUUGGACCAGAUCAUUGAGGGUAGCAUGAAGGCCCACUUUAUUAUGGAUGAUCCAGCAGGAAACAGCUACUUGCAGAACGUGUAUGCACCUGAAGAUGAUCCGGAGAUGAAGGUGGAGUGUUAUACGCGCACAUUUGACCAAAACGAGGAGUUAGGGCUCAAUGACAUGAAGACGGAGGGCUAUGAGACGGGCCUGGCCCCACAGCGGUAGCAGUGGGAGGUUCAUGGGCCAGCCUCUGGCACUGGUCACACUGCAGGGUUAUUUAUUGCUAUUGUAAUAAGGCCGAGAAGGGUCCUCCCCACCAGGCCUUGCCCGUGGUGGGUGGACUUAGGCACACUUUCUCAACAGUUUGUGAUGCAAGUGCAAGCCUGUUGUGUUACUUGGUCUUAUUUUGGAAGUUUUGAAUCAGCCUGUGAGGAAACCUGGAGAUGAACGGUGGGCAUGCCGUUAACCACGUGUUCUGUCGAGUCUUUACCCUCCCUCCACGUAAUGCUCUCUGCUACGUAAUGCUCUCUGCUCUUUGCUACAACUCUGAAGUUUGACCCAAGGAAAUGGAGAAUGUGGAAUAUAGACACAGCUGGAGUUUGGGAGUUGGUGUUGGGUAAAUAAAAUACUGACUUUCAACCGGAGAGGUACCUUGUCGGGAGGGAGUCCAGCACAGGUGAAGAAGUUAUUUAAAUGGUGGUUUUCAGAGAGCGUUGGCCUAGGUAUUUACUCUGUCCUUGUUUGAUACCAUGCUGUUAGAAGUCAGACUCCUGAAUAAAAUUUUCUCCAAUGUUGUCACUAUAAUUUGAGAUUGGAGCUGAAAUUUCAUUGAUUCCUUCAACAGAUGUUUGAGUGCCUGUGAUGUGCCAGGCAUACCAAACCUCUGCCUUCAUGGAGCUUCAGUUAACAAUUCAAUUGACAGUGGGGAAACUGACAGUGAAUAAAUAAGUAAAACAGUAUACAGAUGGUGUUUAUUGUUGUGGAGGACUGUAAAGCAGGGAAGCGUUGUGGGUACUGCCAGGAAAGGUGUUGUUUAUGUGUGAUUUCAAAUAGUUUUAAGUCAGAGAAAAUCUCAACAAGAAGGUGAUAACUAACUUGACAUUUAGGCAAAGCUGAGAAGAGGCAAAAGAGUGGGCCAUGUGGAUAGCUGGGGAAAGAAAUUUCCAGGCAGAGGGGAUUGCAAAUGCAAAAGCUUUGAGGUUGGAGCAUAUUGGAGCCAGUGGGGUAUUUGAAAUCAUCUGGUCCUACCCUCUCAAUUACAAAUGGGGAAACUAAGGUUCAACCAGGGAGGGAGAGGGCUGCCUACAGCUGUGUUGGAAGUUAACAGUCCAGUGAGCCCUCUAGACUCCCCAGCCAGUGUUCUCUGACUAGCUUCCAGCUUCCCAUUAACUCCAGGCAGUCUCACAAAUGGUGAUGCCCUCGGUGCUGGCUGCAGGGUAAUUUGCUCAUUAAAGACCUAUUAGUUGAUUGAGAUGCUGUCUCAAACCUUAAGUUUUGUGCUACAAACUUAACUUCAAGAAUUGCCCAGUUAUAGAUGGCUUGGCAAUCACACAUCUAUUCUCACUUCUUUAUCAAACUAUUCCCAAAGUUCACAAAUGGUUUUCCACUUGGAAAAUAUUCUCACCUUUUAUUCUCCGCAUUUGACAGUGCACCCUCUCUUUCAGCUUUUCCCUUGGUUCCUGUCAUACUGUUCCUCUGGUUUCCUUUUCACUUUGAUCAUUCCUUAUCUGGACUCUCUGCCUCCUCUGUCUUCCUGAAAUGUAUUUGUUUCUAAAGGUUCUGUUUUCAGAAACCUCUAUAUUGGAUUCUUUGGCGUGUAUUACUUACAUGCAGGACUGACCCCCAUACCUGUACACAAGGUUUUUUUUUUUUUAAAGAAUUUGGAGAUUAAAGUUAGCAAAUGACUCACUCUUACAACAAUAAAGCUAUAAUACCUUGAUGAGAUUUCUCAUAUGCAAGUAUUCUACUCUAAGAGAUUGUCUAUAAAUGUGUUUUCAACUGACUUGGGAAUCUGACUACCAGGCACCCUUCGGGUCUAUCAUUUGGUGAUGCCCUGUGGGAUGGAUAUACUCUGUGAAGAUGAGCCCCAGUGUCAGCUUCAUCUCCCACUGUGAAGGGAAAAAAAUGGCAUUCUGGUUUGUUACUCAGUCUCUUCUGAGUUUGGGUUGGCGUGAGGCAAUCUCUUAACCAGUUAUGGGGCAAUGAUAUCCCGUGAGACAGGACCAGAUGCCAGAUUGGGAUAACUCAGCUAAGGUACUACUUGCUGUUUGAUAGGACCAAGGCCUGGCAUCCUUCAUUUGCACACCUUUCUCUCAAAGUAUCCCUGAACUCUUUCAGUCUCAUUUCAUAUAGCCUGUCUGAGAUGGAAGCGUACAUCUGUUUAACUUCGUCUUGCCCCACAUUACCUAGCAUAUGGCAUAUAAAUGAUCAAUAAACAGCUGUUACAGUC